GGAUGUCGUGUGGGCCGGAUUCUGUCCGGAGCUCUAGUGGGUUACAAUCCGCGAUCUAACUAGUCGUCAGCGUACAUUCCGGGCUAACCAACUGCGCGGUGCUCUUCUCUCGCUGCUGAAAGCUCGCAACGUCGCCGCGAACGGACCCACGCGAGCUUUAUUGUUAUUAUUAUUGCUAUUACCUCGUAACAAUAAUCGUUACAUCAAGUGGUUCUAUAUUAUGAUGAGGUUCUGCGGGUAUUUCCCACGUGACAUUGCCAGUGCCGCGUGAACUUGUGUACUCAGUGACAUUGUGAUUGUUGUUUCUUGUGAGCAAAGGACAUCCCUCAGUUUUGAGGGAUCUGGGACACGCGGUCAAAAUUAACGCGGCAAUAAUGAACUCCUACUUCGAGCAGAGUGGCUUCUACGGAGGCCACCAUCACCAAAGCGCCAGUUCGGUGACAGGGGCCCAUCACCAUGAUCACCAAAGUGCGGCUGCAGCAGCUGCGUACAGGUCCUUCCCGCUAAGCCUGGGAAUGUCUCCUUACGCUUCCACUCAACAUCAUCAUGCACAUUCCUUACACCAAGCCAGACCUCCGCAAGAUUCUCCGUACGAUGCCUCCGUAGCGGCAGCAGCCUGCAAAUUAUAUUCCUCAUCAACAGAUUCUCAACAGAAUUCCGUCAACUACAGCUCGUCGAACACCAAGUCAGAUUGCUCGAAAGGCAACGCAGACCAAAACGGUUAUGCUUCAGUGGUAGCUGCAGCAGCUGUGAAAGAUGUUUGGCAAAGCGCAGCUUCAGGUGGUGGCGCGAAUCUUUCCAACAGUCUCACCGGCCCCGUGCGUCCAGCUGCUUGCACGCCAGACUCUAGAGUAGGCUAUGGUUCCUCAGUAGGCUUAGUGGGAGGUGAUCCUUCGUCCAGUCCUGGUACCGCUUCCGGAGGAAGAACGGGAAAUUCUUUGUCGUCCUGGAACAACCCUUGUUCACUCAACACGACAUCAUCGCAACCAGUCGGCACCCAGAUUCAUCAGCAGACCAACCAUACCUUCUACCCUUGGAUGGCUAUAGCAGGAGCUGUCCAGGACACUUUUGCAACUGGAGCAUUAACCCAACAUUUAGGUGUCUCAAGACCUGAUUCAUGUUUAGAUUCCCAUUUCAGCACCACCAAUAUAUCAGCAUUAUUGACGCUCUUAAAUGAAUCGCCUGCUAAGCGGAAGGUACUCGCAGCUAUACGCAUGUCCGUCUUGCAAGCACAGUCCAACCAAGCAUCGAGAAGAAGAAGAGACGAGAGACCACCGUGGCUGAGAAUCGCGCACAAUCUUCAUUCAAGUCCUGAGUAUUAUGCUAUAAAGGCGGGGUAA